AUGGCUGCAUCGGAGAUUUCACAGUCCCAUAUGAGCUUCAGGGAUGACCCUAAUGCAGAAGAUUCGCGUCAUGGUCAUUUCAUGAGACAGGCCUUGUUAAUGGGCGAGAAAGCUAUCGAAUUAAAUGAAACCCCUGUGGGCUGUGUCUUGGUAUAUAAUGAUCAAAUCGUGGGAUUUGGUAUGAACGACACCAAUAGAUCUAUGAAUGGAACGAAACACGCAGAGUUUAUUGCAAUUGGACAGAUGCUUCAGAGCUACCCCAGGUCGGCUCUCCAAUCCACCGAUCUCUAUGUCACCGUGGAACCGUGUGUGAUGUGUGCCUCCGCAUUGAAGCAAUACCGCAUCCGCACUGUGUAUUUUGGCUGCGCCAACGAUCGAUUUGGAGGGACCGGAGGUGUCCUCUCCCUGCAUUCCGACUCUUCAAUUGACCCCAAAUAUCCGGUCUACGGGGGCUUGUUUGAGAAAGAGGCAAUCAUGUUACUUCGCCGCUUCUAUAUCCAAGAGAACGAGAAAGCUCCUAACCCCAGACCCAAAAAGAAUCGAGAAUUGAACACCAAAUUCGAGGAUGGCAGCGAAGAAGCGCCAGCAUGGUGA